AUGGAUAUGAUGUUAGCGGCAGAUUUUAUUUUAUUUUAUUUUUUAUAACAUUAGGCUUUUGGAGUGGUUUGGUUAUGAAAUUGCAAUGGAUCUUUCAAAAAGUGGAUCAGAAGGUAUCAGUCAAAUUGAAGAAACCCAACUGCCAUUGAUAUGUGGGCUUCCAGAUGAUAUUGCACUUUUCUGCUUGGCAAGAGUUCCCCGAAAGUACCAUACAAUACUAAAGUGUGUUUCCAGGAGAUGGAGAGAUUUAGUAUGCAGUGAAGAAUGGCGUGCUUAUCGUAGAAAGCAUAAUUUGGAUGAGACGUGGAUCUAUGCUUUGUGUCAAGACAAUAAGCUUGAGAGGGUUAGUUGUUAUGUAUUGGACCCCAACUCUGCUAGACGGAGUUGGAAGCUCAUUCAUGAUUUUCCACCUCCCACCUUGAGGAGAAGAAAAGGCAUCGGUUUUGAGGUGUUGGGAAAUAAUCUUUAUUUACUGGGUGGCUGUGGUUGGUCUGAGGAUGCCACUAAGGACGUCUAUUGCUAUGACUCUUCAAGGAACUCAUGGACUGAUGCUGCUUCCUUGUCAACUGCAAGGUGCUACUUUGCUUGUGAAGUUCUAGAUGAGAAAAUAUACUCAAUUGGAGGAUUAGGUUCAAAAUCAAGUGACACACAUUCUUGGGAAGUAUAUGACCCUUGCACAGACAACUGGAAAUUGCACACAAAUCCAAACGUUGUCCCAGAAAUUGAAGAUUCUUUUGUCAUGGAUGGGAAGAUUUAUAUCCGUUGUGGAACAUCUGUUGUAACUUCAGAGGUUUAUGCAUUAGUUUAUGAGCCAUCAAGUUGCACCUGGAAGCAUGCAGAUGCUGACAUGGCUUCGGGAUGGCAGGGUCCUGCAGUUGUUGUAGAUGAAACUCUUUAUGUGUUGGAUCAGAGUUCAGGAACACGAUUGAUGACAUGGCACAAAGAGAGUAGAGAGUGGGCACCAGUUGGGAGGCUAUCAGCCCUAUUAACAAGACCACCUUGCCAGCUUGUUGCUAUUGGAAAAAACAUUUUUGCUGUAGGGAAAGGCUGUAGCACGGUGGUAAUAGAUGUUGGCAAUGCAGGGAAUGUUGGAGGGGUUAUGGUGAGUACUUCUAUUCCUAAAGUGAAUGAUACUGAUGAUGUUAUUAGAUUGAAAUGUUUAGCUAUAUGAAGCUUAUGUUGAAGUUCUCUUCUGUGUGUAUCCUGAAGAUUGUUAUAUAUGGGGCGCAUAUAUAUGCCCCUUUGAAAGAAAUUCUUAUAUUAUAAGACUCUGUGACAUUGGCUAGUUGUUUUUGUGGCUUCAUCUCAAGGAAUGCAUUG